AUGGACUUUGCACAGUACUCGCAACAGCAGCCGCCGCCGCCGCGUAUGCUGGCGCAGUAUCAAGUGCUACAUACUCUUGGAUCUGGACUUCAAGGAAAAGUUAAACUAGGUGUCGACACUAUCACACAUCAGCGUGUGGCACUCAAGAUCAUUGACAUGGCCAAGCUGCAUCGGAAGGCCAUGAUCAACGUCUAUCGUGAGGUGGAAGCCAUGUCACGUGUAUCACAUACGAAUGUACUACGUUUACUAUCAGUAUACGAUGAUGUGCCAUAUUCCAAGAGGGAAUGUAGCAGCAAGCAGGUGAUUGUGAUUGUACUGGAGCUGGCCACUGGCGGAGAGCUCUUUGACUUCAUGAUGUACACGGGUUCCUUCUCAGAGAGCAUUGCACGUGCUUAUUUUCAGCAGCUUGUGGCCGGUUUGGAGGCUUGUCAUGCUCAAGGAGUAUACCAUCGAGACAUUAAGCCGGAAAACCUACUGUUGGACGAGAACUUUGCGUUGAAAAUUGCGGAUUUUGGACUCUCGGGGUUGAAAGAAAAGGCAAAUGGAGCAGUGGUGGAUCUCUACACGCAAUGCGGUACGAGGGGAUAUAUGAGCCCAGAAGUGCUGUCAUGUCGACCGUAUGAUGGAAAGCCGGCCGACGUGUGGUCGGCUGGAGUGGUGCUAUUCAUCAUGCUGGCGGGAUUCCCUCCCUUUCAGAUCGCUACCAGCCAGGAUUGGUGGUUCAGGGCGUGUGCGGCUAAGCAGCACGAAAAGUUUUGGGCUGCACAUGCCAGAUCCGCCACAUUUUCGUCGGGCGCCAUGUCACUCAUGACACGUAUUUUUAACGUCAAGCCACAAGAACGCAUCACUCUAGCCGAGAUCAAGACCCAUUACUGGUUUAAGGAGGACUUGGUUUCGCCAGCUGAUCUGCGUGCAGAGCUUUUGAGUCGCAAGCAGCAGGUGGAAGAGGAGAAGCGUAAGGAGCACGAGGAGAAGAUGCGUGUGGCCACAAAGCGACGGCUGCAACAGCAGAAUGAAGAAUUUGAUCCUUUCAACAUGGACGUUGAACGAUCGAUGACGAUUCCUACCGCCACAGAAUCGGCAGCCGCAGAGAUAAGUUCGAAGGAGGCGCCGUCGUACCCUGACACCAGUGUGGCGCUAUACACAAGUUUCCAGUCGUGUCGGACGGCAACCGAGUUGCAGACACGAGUGGAGAAGGCAUUGGCAGAGCAAUCGGCGCGCUUUGUGGUGCACAAGGAUCGUUUCAAAACUAAGGCUACGAUGGCUUUAGACGUGGAGGACGUGAAAAUUGCUGUGCGCAUUUACUCACUAGACAACGGACGAUGUGUGGUGGAAUUUCGGCGUACAAGCGGCGAGUGCCUCAAGUUCCACGAAGCGUACAAGAAGUUGCGUAAUUUGCUGUCUGACCUUGUCUGGAACAACAAUGAUGAAGCAGAGACAGCUGAUGAUUCACCCGCAGAGGAACUCAAUUCCGACGAGGUCAUGAUGCUGUAG